AUGAACACCCUGUUAGUGAUCAUUGCCGCAGCCGCUAUGAAAACGCAGAUAUCCGAAUCACGAACGAAGCAACGAGGGCCACCGAAUAGAAAACAGGAACCACUAGCCUAUGACAAUCAUUGCGACGACGAUCCGUGGAUUAUAAAGCAACGAUCUACAGUUGCCUGCGAUACAAAGUGUUUCAAAUGGCAGCAACUGCUGAACAACUCAGGUUCAUUCUCAAAGAUGACAUUUCGUGGAUGCUACGAUAGGAUGUUUGACUUGAUGAAUCCCACUACACAAGCAAUACCAGAUCACAAUUUCUGCACGAUGGGAGAGGUUCAGCUAGCAUGCCUAUCAGACGCCUCGGUGAUCGAGCAUUCGUGUUGGUGUGAUGGGGACUUUUGUAAUAGUGUUAGCAAAUUCACCUAUGCAGCGCCAUUAGCAGCACUUGUUCUUGCAAUCUUUUUUUAA